AUGGGUGUCACUUGGAAACCGUGGGCCAUGCUGGGCCUUUCUGAGGGAAGUCGACGAUACAGGCGAUUUCUUGAUCGGCUGCGCAAGAUCACAAUCAAGCACCUCAAUCCUACAAAGCGUUGGAGCUUCCAGAACCACAAUGCCUGCCAAGUAGCACUGACAGAGAUCAUGGAGGCCAAUCCUGAGAUCCGCUGGGAUAAAUUUGACGGCCCCUGGCUUCCGAAGCAGCUCGUCAUCCAGUACCUCGACAACGCCACAGGCUACGCCCUCCGUCAAGCAAAGAAGCUUCAGCUUGAACAGUCUGAUUCUGAAGAACUAUCGGAACUCGUUGCUAGUGAAGAUGAAUCAGACAUGGAGGUACCUAAGAAGAGCUCGAAUAAGCGUCGUCGCAGGGACGAGGAAUCCGAGGAAUCCGACCAAGAGACCCGCCCCCCUCUCAAGCGUUUACGCAAGCCAGACGGAACCACGGCUGCCACCAAGUCUAAAACCAACUCCGACAAGAAGUCCCAUUCCAAGCGUGCUGAAGCCAAGGAGAAGCCCAAGUCGGCCCAGCCAAAGCCUUCCAAGCCUAUGUCCAACUCAACCGCUAGUGCAACAACCACCGCCGUAUCGAAGGCAGGCUCCAAGGCCACUCCCAAGUCCAGCGCCAAAUCCGCAAAGUCUACGUUCAGGCCAUCAACCACCGCAUCCAAGGCUGGCUCCGACUCCGCUUCCAAGUCCAAGUCGCACUCUGUCAGUGCAGCAACUAUCGCUAAAUCCAAGUCAGCUUCCAAGCCAGCAGAUUCGUUGAAGGCUCUGUCUGCCGCCAUCCCUAAGGCCUCAGAAGCUGCACCACCCAAGAUCAAGAUCCGUAUCCCGCGACCACGUACCGACCCUACUCCUGCUGCACCACCUGCUGCACACAGCCGUGUCUUGAGGUCUCGUAGUGCCAAGCAGCUGAUUCUUCCGGAUAGUUCAGAAUCCGAAUCUGAUGAGGACAUGCCAUUGUCGGUAAUUUUUAUGGCCAAGAAACAAAAGGUCCCGGCGGGUGAUGGCAAGGAAAGCAAAGGUAUGGAUGACAACGGCGAGGGUGAGGGUGAUGAAGGCGAGGGCGAGGGUAGUGAAGGCGAGGGCGAGAGUAGUGAAGGCGAGGGCGAGGGUAGUGAAGGCGAGGGUGAGGGUAGUGAAGGCGAGGGUGAGGGUGAUGAAGGUGAGGGUGAGGGUGAUGAAGGCGACGGCGAGGGUAGUGAAGGCGACGGCGAGGGUAGUGAAGGCGAGGGUGACGGUCAUGGCAACGAGGGUAGCUCGGGUGAGGGAAAUGAAGGAGGGGGCGAUGAAAGUGAGGAGAAAAAGGGUGAUGGAAAGGAUGACGAUGACGAUGGAAUCAACGAUGGCGAGAGUGAGGAAGACGAGAAUGCUCUGCACCCCAAUGUCUACAAGAAGCUUCCCAAAUGGUGUUUUUCGUGCAGAAAGGCUGGCAUUGACCAUAAAUUCCCAGACCCCAUCCCCGACUCAAUCCUACAACUUCUCUCUUCGCGCCUCCGAUUUCUUGAUCAGGGCCGAUCGGUCUUGAUGUUGGAAUGCGACAUUUGCCGGGAGCUGAAGUUUGAGGAAGACACGGCCGAGAUCAUAGCCUUGUUUACUGACAGGGGCUGGCCUGUGGACCCAGAUUUUUCCGCUCUCCCUGGACGAGUCAUAGAGCUGUACGACGAAGCUCUCAAAUUCAUCACCGGUGAAGAGUCUAUCGAGGAUCAUUUCCUGUAUACCGCGUUGGAAAAUCUGGUACCCAAACACAAAGGGAUAAGUAUUCUCAACAAGGGACGCGCGACUCAAGAGGUUUCCGCCUUCAUGCGGGCAGGAUACUACGGGGAGCCUGGCACCUCUGUCAUUUCAAGCACGAUUCAACACUUGUUUGGCAACCUCCCAAUUCUCAAAAUGUACAAGGCCAACAGUCCUCUCCUCGCCCACCGCUUUGUCCAGUAUUUCAUUAACGCCUGGGUCAUCAAUCGGCUCAUCGCCGAUGACCUCGGUAUAACAGAACUGGAAGCCUUGGCUGUGACUGAGGAGUCUGCACCGAAUGGCUUUAUUCUGCAUCGCAACGUUGAUUAUGACUCCUUCGACAGAGGCAUCCGACAUGCAGUUCGCAGAUUUGAAGCAGCUGCUUCCGGCACUGCCUCAACGGGGAAAGCCAGGCCCCGUCCUAUGCCUAUGGGGUCUCGAAAGUGA